AUGAUGAUCUCUCGUCGAUUGGCUUCUAAAUUCCUUAAACCCUUGUCUUCCUCAUCCUUCCACGCCUCCCACCGUCACCUCCAUUCCUCUUCUCCCAUCUCUUCCAUAAGAAACCAUCUGAUCCACGGAUCAGAAACUCGGGAGCUAAGCCUCAUAAGAUCCUUCGCUGUUUUCGUCGCCAAUUCAAAUACCAAUAUCGGCAAGCUGCGAUCCGAAACAUGGUCACCGAGGUAUUUCUCGACACCGAGCGGAGAGGUCGAUCCGAAGACAGAGGAGUCGAAGCCGGAGGAGCCGAAGAUGAAGCACCAGGAGAUCGAAGGACCGACGGUGGAGCGCGACGUGUCGGCGCUAGGGAAUGAGACGAGACAAGUGUUUGAAGGGAUGAUGAAGAACAUGUACAGUCUAAGUGGAGCCAUGGGUCUUCUGGGUUUAACGCAACUGAUCGUUGGAGGCACAAUUCUGUACGCGACUCGAUCGAAUCCGAUGCUAGAAAUGACGAUUCAGAGCGGUAUAGCGUUUGGAUUCCCGUUCGCGAUGGCGUUGAUGGUGAGACGGUCGUUGAAGCCAAUGUACUUCUUCAAGAAGAUGGAGGAAGUUGGGAGGCUGCAGAUUCUGACUCUGACUCUUCAGGUCGCAAAGAAUCUCAAUUUGUUGUUCGUAAGAGCUCGUGUUGUUUCCAUCUUGUGCGUUGGUGGCUUGUGUUUCGGAAAUUUGUACCUCUUGGUAUCCCCAUGA